AUGUUUGGCAACAUCACUCAAGGGAACAACAAUUCUAUGUGUGGAAUAAACAUACAUUUCACACAUGCGUUUCUGCCACCUGUCUAUAUCGCCAUCUUUGUGGUGGGGACACUUUCCAACAUGUGGGGUUUAAGAAGCGUGUGCUUGGCGUGGAACAAAAUAGGAAGCAUCAACAUCUUCAUGCUCAACCUGGGACUGGCGGACCUGCAGUACUUGUUCACGCUACCAUUCCUGGUGGCGUACUACGCCAGAAAUAGCAACUGGACGUUCGGCCAGCCCUUCUGCAAGGUGACGCGCUUCUGCUUCAACCUCAACCUGUACGGCAGCAUCGGCUUCCUCACCUGCAUCAGCAUCUACAGGUACCUCGGUGUGGUGCACCCCAUGAAAGUGAUGGGGAAGAUCAGCAGCCGGCAUUCUCUGCUCAUUAGCGCAGUGGUUUGGCUGAUGGUCGUUGUUCAGAUCCUCCCGGACAUGUUCUUUGACAAGAACGACACAGACCACCAGAACGCUUGUUUUGACACCACCUCCAACGAACGAAUCAGAGAGUAUCUUCCUUACAGCUUUGGAUGGACGCUGACGGGGUUUGCUGUACCGUUGCUGAUCAUUGUUUUAUGUUACGGGCACGUCGUUUGGAUUCUCUCCAAAAAGUCCAACAUCAACCCUCUGCUUAAGCAACGCUCUUUGAAACUGGUCCUGGUUCUGCUGCUGCUGUUCUCCGUCUGCUUUGUUCCUUACCACAUCUUCAGAAACCUCAACCUACAAACCAGGAUCCUGAAACAAGAUGGUGUCUGCCUCCCGGGCUACCGCCACGUUUACAUCGCCCACCAAGUGGGCCGAUGUCUGGCAUGUAUGAACAGCGCCAUCAACCCGCUCAUUUACAUCGUAGGAAACGACCAAUUCUUCAUCAGGCUCCAUCGACUUAGGGACAGAACCAGGGAAUCUCUGAGCAACAUCACGCAGGUCGUCUUUAACCGCAACACUUCUCCAUCGCUGUGA